UGGGCGCGGCCCCACUGAGGCUGUGGCUGCGGCGUUGGCCGCGGGCGCGAGGCUUAGAUCCCGAGAACCCUGCUGGAGUCCAAGUUCGUUAGAAGCCUGCACCUUGGAGCGGGCCACGAUGGGGCCGGGUUGAGCCGCCCGCCACCGAACAAGCAGCGCGGCCACGGAUGGAGGGGCCGGUGGAGUUCGGCCCCGAGGCGGUGCUAUGUUUCCUUUUGGAGCGCGGGGGCCGAGCCCGGCACACCGAGCUAGUGCAGCACUUCAGGGGCGCCCUGGGCGGUGAGCCCGAGCAACGUGCCGGUGCCCGCGCCCGCUUCAAGGAGCUGGUCAACGCCGUAGCCACGGUGCGCACCGACCCUGCCGAUGGCACCAAGUACGUACAUCUCAAGAAGAGGUUCUGCGAGGGCCCACUGUCGCCCGAGGUCGCGCCCCCCCGGGACCUGCCCCGCAUCUCGGUGACCGCAGAGCCCGAGCCCCGCGGCGUCGACCCCGAGACGCCCGAUGGCCCGGCCAAGAGUCGGGAGAGCGGCCUGUGCGCCGAGGCGGCGUCCACCGUGGCGCCCCCGGGUCUGGACUGCGUGCCGGGCGAUGGGGAGUCUCCCGCCGCCGCCCUCGGGCCUCCAAGCCUGGCCAGCGACAGCCGAAGAGGGCCGCCUCUGAGCGGCGGGGCCCGGAGGAAGAACUCGCUGCGCGUCGCAGCCGGGGCAUCCGCCCCGGAGCCCAGCGAGGACCUGGAGCCCCCGCCCCACGGCUGCGAGGAGGUGGACGGGGGGAGCUCCCCCGGGGGGGCCACCACCCCAAGGUCUACUCGCCAGAACCUCCUGGACCUUGUGAUGGGCAGCUCCCCGCAGCUGAAAAGGAGCGUCUGCCCUGGGGGCAGCAGCCCUGGGUGCUCCUCGGGGGGAGGACGCGGCAAAGGCGGGGGCGACUCGGACAGCGCAUCGGUUGCUUCGUCGUCGGCAGAGGAGGAGAGCAGCAGUGGGGGCUCGGUGACGCUAGACCCUCUGGAGCACGCCUGGAUGCUCACGGCCUCGGAAGGCAAGUGGGACAGCCUAGAAGCGUUGCUCACUUGUGAGCCUGGCCUGCUGGCUAAGCGGGACUUCAUCACCGGCUUCACCUGUCUACACUGGGCCGCCAAGCAUGGCAAGCAGGAAAUCCUGGCCAUGUUGGUCAACUUCGCCAACAAACACCAGCUGCCAGUGAACAUCAACGGCCGGACCAGUGGAGGUUACACCGCCCUGCACUUGGCAGCCAUGCACGGGCACGUGGAGGUGGUGAAGUUGCUCGUAGGGGCCUACGACGCAGACGUGGACAUCAGGGACUACAGUGGGAAAAAGGCCUCGCAGUACCUGAGUCAGAGCAUCGCUGAGGAGAUCAAGAACCUGGUGGGAGCCCUAGAUGAGGACGACGACGGAGAGAGCGCUACCGGCAGCGGGGGAGGGCGCUGGAGGCUGUCAAAGGUGCUCCCUUCGCACCUCAUCACCCACAGACUCUCCCACAUCCUGGAGGAUGGAGGGGAUCAUCACCACCACCACCAUUUGGCUGAGGGAUGGGCUGGAGGCAAAGCAAAGGACCCAGGUCGCAAAGCCUCAGGCAGCUCUAGUGGGCGAGUAAAACCCAGACUCAACAAAAUACGCUUCCGAACCCAGAUCAUCCACACCACACCCUCUUUCAGAGACCGGGAGCAGCCACUGGAGGAGGGGGAGGAGGAGGAAGAAGAGGACCGGUCUCUUAAAGGCCAGUCAUCCUCGUUCAAAUUGAGACCAAAGUCCAAUGUAUUCGGGUAAAAAUCAUUUCUUUCAGAAAAUUCUAAGCUUAAUUUGCCUUCCGAAUUAGAAUACUAGAUGUAUGCAAGAAAGUGAGACCAGAAAAGACUUCAGCUAAAUUCCACGUUCUUAACUGGGGGGUUGGAAUGGGUGGGGAGAAAUACCCCCUAGCAUUCUGGGUGAGGUGGAUUUCCAAGUGAUUCAUCAAACCUUGCCCUAGGCCUCUUUUCCCCAUGGUAUCCCUCUACCCUGAAGUCCCUUUUUCUAAUGACUAGAAAUGUAUCUAAAUUGGUGGUACAGAUUUGAUGAUUUGAGGGUUCAUUUGAUUUAACCAUUACUGGAUGCCAUGCAAAGUAAGGAAUAUUACACUUUUAUGUAUCUGUUUUUUAAACUGGUUACUCGUCCAAGAGCGACAAGAAAUGGUGUAAUGAAACUGGUAGUAUUUGUAAGUGUGAACAAAUCUACAUACUGCCCUGUUUUUUUUUUUUAUUACUAAUUGCAUUUGGUUUUUAAGAUACUACUGAAGGUCAGGUCAGAAUUGAAUGCAAAAGAACUAAUUAGAGAAUAAUGUGAAUAAAAAUGGGAAUCCUGUUGGUAUCCUAUUUGUAUUGUAAGUAGUGUUCAACUAUUUUUUUUAAAAGCAAUUUCAGUUUUAAUCACUGAACUAAAGAAAUAGGCAGCAUUCACUAAUUAGGUUUCCUCCUAACUAUCUCUAAUACCACUGCACUCAAUAUUAAGGUACAUUAUUAUUAACUACACAAAUUUUUUGAUUAAAGAAAACACUUAACAACCUAUGGUACUUUUAAGUAAAACAUUGCCACUGGUACUGAUGCUCACUAAUGUGUUUUGCUCUUCUAAAAGUCUAAAUUUGCUGAAGUUUUUAUUCUGAGGUUAUAUAACAAAUGGUUUUAUUUGACAUGAUCCUAUUUGAUGAUUCUUAGAGCCAAAUUGCCUACAGAAACUUUCUGGUUUAAAUGAUUAGCUAAUAUUGGCAUAAAUCUUUGUGAGCUUAUGCUUCUGUGAAGUAAUUAUUAAAUCACCUUAAUGACUGUCACGUAAGGUACGCUUUUUGUUUUCCUAAUAAAACACAUUCAUAGUCUCUGCUCUGUAGCAAUAUUUUGCAAAUGUUUAAAAUACUAAAUUCUUUCAAUUUUCUAAUGUUUGCUUAAGUCUAUUAGAGACAUACAGUGAAGUUACUGAAAACAUGGAUAGUAAAUCUACCUACUUAAAAAUAGCACUUUAUAAAGGGAAAAGAGAAGAGAUGGUACUAUUUCUAUAUUUAAAUGCUGCUGGUUAUUGAAUUCCUUUGUAUAUAAAUGAAAAAUACCAUUCAUUAAAAUUAGAGACUUACAUUUUAAUUACAUUCCAUUCAAAUAUGUUAGGGUAAAUUUUUUAUAAUUAUUGUAAAAUUUAACUCACAUAUUAAAUAUAUUUGUAACAAGCUUCAAAACAACUUGUGGGAGACUAAUUCCAGCAAGUCCCCCCUUAGUCUUUUUGAACUCGUAAUUGCUGAAACAGAAGUACCUGUAGCCGAUAGCUUAUAGAGAUUGAGGAGUGAGUUAACUUGCAGAGUGAAUGAACCAAUAUAUGAAUUGCACAGAACUGCAGUCUUUAAUGAAGUGUUAGAUCUUUAAUUUCCCAAGUCAUAGAAAUUGGUAACAAGUUUGUCACACUUCUCUAGAUAGUAAUUGAGUUAGUUUAAAGAUUAAUGAAAAAUAUUCACAUAGAUAUUUAAACUAUUACCCAUUUGUGUGCCUUUAUUUUUGUUUUAGAAUUAUGGAAAUGGGCCAUGUACAUUUGAGAAGCACUUUUAUCCAUACAUAUGGGUGAAAAACAAUCUAAUUUUGUAUAAAUUAAAAAUAGGUCCCUUGAAGGUGAAAGCAGCCAUUUGUUUUGAAUCAUAUACACAUUACCUGUAUCUAGUGCAGAAUAAGCUAUAACUUCCCAUUGAGGAAUCUUACCUUUCAUUGACAUAUAAAGCUAAAGUGAACUAUAAAAAGUAGACACUUCAGAACCAUCUAAAUAUUCUAUAAACAGUCUUAAUCUCUUAAAUAUGUAUGUUACUAAUUGCACAAAAUCUAUUAAUUUGCUAGAUCUUUAGAGAUUGAACCAAUACUUCAUUUAAUUUGCUUUUCACACUGAAGAUUUUAACUUUUUCAAUAAAAUAUACUUUAAAUUUUCAAAACUCAUUCCUGAGGGGAACUACUUGUAGUGUUCCUUGCCAUGAUGCGCUGUGUAGCGUUUUCAGCUACUUAACUUUACAUUCCUCUUAUUUUUCAAUUUCUAAAUGGAGAAUAUAAAGAGCAAAUAAUUUGUGUAAUUUGAUAUUUGUGGAGUUAUAUUUGCCAUUAAUGGAAAUUAUGUCAGUUACUUAGAUGUUUGUUGAUACAAAACUGUGUGGUUAGAAAACCCAAGUAUGUCCAUGUGUUUCUUAUUGAUACACUUGAAACUAGUGAAUGUGUACAACAAUUCUCUUCACUUUUAUGGUAUAUAAAAUGCAGCUAGCUUAUAUAACUUGAAAAUCUGGUACUAUUUUAUUCAUGCCUGAAGUCUUGGAGUCCAGGAUGCCUUGUGUCUUAUUUUUUAAAUAAGUGAAAUUUUGGAAGUUUAGAAUGUAAAAUUUGUAGUUUGUUUUGUCAAAAUAAAAGGUUCACACUAGAUUUUUUUCUCCAAA